AUGAAGUGGCAGGGGUCCCUAGUCUACCUCCUACUGGCCCUGUGCCUGGGCAGUGGGGAGGCUGGCCCAUUGUUGAGUGGGGGGCCAAAUGCUGGAGCAAACUUUGGCAUUGGGCAUGGGCUGGGAGGUACCAGUAGUCAUGGAGUUGGGGAGGCUGUUGGCCAAGGAGCUGGAGAAGCAGCCAGCUCUGGAGUCAGGGAGGUUAUGAGACCUGGAGUGGGAGAUGCCAUCAACAAUGGGGUCAGGGAAGCAGUCCAUGCUCUUGGAAAUGCUGGGGGUGAGGCUGGCAGACAGGCUGAGAAUAUCAUCCGACAUGGGAUAGAUGCUGCCCACAACUCCUGGCAAGGUGUGCCUGGUAACAACGGUGCCUGGCCUCUAUCUGGAGGCCCUGGAGUCUCUGGAUCUCAAGGUGGCUUUGGAGGUCAUAGCCAGGGAAAUCCUGGAGGCCCAGGAGCUCCCUGGGGACAUGGACACCCCAGUGGCUCAGGUGGCAAUUUUGUAACCAACUCUCAGGGAGGCUCCUGGGGUCAAGGAGGCAAUGGAAGACCAUUCAGCUUUGGAACCAACAGUCAGGGAGCUGUGGCCCAGCCUGGUUAUAAUUCAGGGAGAAGCAGCGGCAGCAACCCGAAUACUGGGUGCAUCAAUCCCCAACCCUCUGGCUCCGGUGAAAGCUCUAACAACUCAGGGGGCAGUACUAACUCACAGGGGAGCGGAAGCAGCAAUGGUGGCAACAGUGGGGGAAGCAGCUCAGGGCCCAACUGGGACCGACCCUUGGAAAGCAAUAGGGAUAUAGAUCGCGGCAGCUACUCAGGCUCCCAGGGAUCCAACACCGGCUCUUCUUCAAGUAGCAGCAGCGGAAAUGGCAAUAAACCCGAGUGCGAUUAUUCAGGGAACGAAAUCCGCAUGUCCGGGGGAUCUGGAGGUCAGGGAUUCAGAGGACAGGGAGGCCCCAGCUACUCUGGUGUCAGGGAAGUCAGUGGAGAGGGCAGUCGCAUCCUUGAGAAUUCUCAAGGCAACUACCAGAACUCUCCGGGUGGACCCUUCAAGUUUGACGCUUUCUGGAAGGAACAAACUACCAUUGGUAAUUAUGCGGAAGGCCCCGAGGUUUACGCAGCAGGACCCCAGGGCUUUAACACUAAGUUCCUGAACUUGGAGAAGUUGAAAGCUGCUUUUAGGAAUGAGGAAUUCCUGAAUUGGCAUGCCCUCUUUGAGUUGAAAGGACUGAGGAGUGCAGCUCCUGAUGCUAAGUGA